CCGCCGCUCGGCCCAGACCCGCCGUGCCGCCGCGCUCGCUCCGGGCAUGGGAGCGGAGAGGGGCGGAGGGGAGCUCCCGCGAGGCGCCGAGCGGGCCUGGGGGCGGCCCCCGGUCAGUCCCCGGCCCAUGGCCUUCAUCAUGAUGAAGAAGAAGAAGUUCAAGUUCCGCGUGGAGCUAGAGCUGGACGAGCUCUCCUCCGUGCCCUUCGUCAACGGCAUCCUCUUCUGCAAGGUGCGGCUGCUGGACGGCGGGAGCUUCAGCGGGGAGUCCUCCCGAGAAGUAGUACAGGCAAACUGUGUCCGCUGGAAGAAGAAGUUCUUAUUUAUGUGUAAAAUCAGUGCCAGUGCCACAACAGGGAUUUUGGAUACUUGCAUUUGCAGGGUGUCUGUACGGAAAGAGUUAAAAGGAGGAAAGGCAUAUGCAAAGCUGGGAUUUGCAGACCUAAACCUUGCAGAGUUUGCUGGAUCGGGAAAUACCACUCGUCGAUGUUUACUGGAAGGUUAUGAUACCAAAAAUACAAGACAGGAUAACUCCAUUCUCAAAGUUUUGAUCAAUAUGCAGCUAAUGUCUGGAGACCCAUGCUUUAAAACGCCUCCUUCCACAGGAAUGUCUAUAGCAAUUGCUGGAGAAUCAGAAUCUCUUCAUGAAGACAGGAAAGGUGGAGAAAACUUAAAAGUAGUACAUCUGGGCAUAGCAGAUAUCUCAUCAAAGAGUGCCUCAGUUCCAGAUGAACUUGGUGCAUGUGGACAUUCCAGAACAUCAAGCUAUGCAAGUCAGCAGUCAAAACUGUCAGGAUACAGCACAUGUCACUCUAGAUCAUCCAGUCUAUCUGAACUCUCUCACAGGAGAAACACCUCAGAGGGUAGUACCUCAACAGGAAUUGGAAGUAUUCUGGAGCCAUGUGAAGAGUCUGAGCCACAAGUAACUAAUACCGAUACAUCUGUUAAAGAUGCACCAUCAGAAAAAGUCUGCAGACAUCCUGUAAAGCAAGACUCUGUGGAGUCACAGCUGAAGAGGGUCGAUGCUACCAGAGUUGAUGCUGAUGAUAUAGUUGAAAAAAUACUCCAGAGUCAAGACUUCAGUUUAGAUUCAAGUGCAGAAGAAGAAGGUUUAAGAUUAUUUGUGGGCCCUGGUGGAAGCACUUCUUUUGGAAGCCAUCAUCUACCUAACAGAGUAGGAUCUGGAGCAUAUGAGCAGGUGGUGAUAAAACGCUAGACCACAAUGACAAACAAGAGGAAAACUCGGAGCUCUGGCAUUGGUAUUUGGUUUUGUUUGCUCUGUUGCAAAAGUUGUCAAAGCCAAGAUGAACUCAAUGUGGUCUUCUCUUGAAAGGCAAUGGAAUGUCUCUUGCUCAUGGAGCUUCAUCUUCUGUGGUAUGAAGGCAAUGUAUAGCUAUGUAUACCUUGUGCAAGUACUUGGACUGUUUUUGUAAGCUCCACUUGACGUUAGUGGAAUUGCUUGCUCUUUAAGUUGUGCAAAACAUUUUUGGAAGCAUGAUUAAAUGAGUCAGAUUUCAUUAUUUCAUACAGGAGAUCAUUUGUGGUGAUGUAUGUUUUCGUAGCUUCUUUUCUAAAGAAGAUUCUUAAAGUUGAUCUUAAAUGAACCUGAAAAAAUAACUCAAUUUGAUCCUACCUGCCAUUUUAGUCUUACAGAAUCUAAUUACUUCUAUCAAGUAACAUUAAGUCAAAGUUCAGGCCUCCACAAAAUAGCACAGCUAUGUUUUAACAUAACAAAAACCUUCUCUUAAAAAUACUGAUCAUAAGUUCAUUAUAAGGUUGAACUGUAGAGGUGAACUUCACAUGCAUUUAAAAGGAAAAAAAAACAAACCCCAAAACAUAAUAGAUCUAAACCAGCCAGUGACCAGCUCUGUUAAGUGUAAAUGAAGUUUAAAGGCUUUUAAUGCAUGAAACAUGACAUCUGUUUUCAUGCAAGUGACAAAAGAAGCGGGAUUGCACAUUAAAAUACUAAGGCACAGUAGUGUAUUAUCAAGAAAGCUGGCUUGAUUAAGUCUGGAGUUCAAAGGCUGCUUCCACAGAAACUCACUUAAAUAAUGCAUGAACCUUGAGAUUCAAUGGGAUAGUACUGUUUACAAACCUAGUCAAUAGUUUACUACCACUUAGAACUUUUUAUUGUAGCUUAAUCCUUCACAGUUAGUGCUUUGCUUAUGCUUUGAAUGUGCCUUGCGGGACUGGGGAGGUAUAGGGAAAUUAAACUAUUUACAAAGCAAUUUUAGCUUUAAAACUAGGUAAACAUCUAUACUAUUAUCAAUAUAACUUAUUAAAAGAAGCACUUUACUGUAGACAUACUCUGCACUCUGAAAAAGUCUUACUGUGCAACAAAUUUGUUGGACAUUUCUUCCUUCACUAUCUGUCCACUGUUACUUUAAAGUCAAUGUACUGUAUUUAAAUUUGCACAAAUACUGAUUUGCCUGACAGGCAAGAUGAAAGCUCCCUUAAAAUUUUCAAUAAGAAGUAUGAAAGACUCCAUUUUGAAAGGGAUCUAGUUUAGGCUUGGCACUACUGUACUUAAUUGUAAACUGCAAAUUGUUUAUUGGUAAGGCUUGAAUAAAAAUACAAAUAGCGUGGCCAUUUCUGAAAGUCCUGAAUGUUUCAAAAUCUGCUCUUUGACAAUCUUUUAUUGAAGUAUAAGUAGGCCAUAUUUAAUAGAUUAUAUUAGGAAAAGCAGGCUUUGUUUUCCAUAAAUCCACAGAAGAAUUCUUACACUAAUUUUUGUUUGGGGGGGGGGUUAAGUAAAUUUCAGUUUUUAAAGCCUGAGUACUGUUACCGAAUAUAAUUAAUAUAAGCUAUUUCUCAAAUAUGGUACUCAAAUACUUUUAUUUCCUACUGUUAAAUAUAAGGGGGGUAGGAACUAGAUGAUCUUAAGGUCCUUUCCAACCCUAACUAUUCUAUGAUUCUAUGAUAAUAUCUUUAGAGUGUUUUAAUGGCAAAAGAAUUAAUACAAAGGUUAUAUUUUAGCUGCUCUUAAUAGAAGUGUGGUGUUAUCCAUUUCUGUCCUCCACAGGAAUUUGAAACAGAAACUAUGUAACUGCUAGUAUACUAUAUAUCUCCCAGAAAAUGAUAGUUUCUUUUCUUGUUACAUAACUAAUUUGUACCAAAAGAAUCCUACUGCAAGCCAAAAGAUGUGUGAUACUUCAAUAAAUUAGUUGCUUUCAGUACUCUUGAACACUGCUACACUUGUUGGUAAACUUAUUAAAACUAGUAGUAGCUUAGAUGGUAGCUUACUUAAGUUUACUAGGAAAAAUAGGCAUAGUUUGAAGAAAGCAGAUUUUUAAAAAACAUUGUAUAGCCAGUUAUGCAAUUCUUAAGGGAAUUUCCAUAGCCUAGAUUUGUAUUCUGUGUUAAAAGACGCAGCUAACUGCCAUACAUUGGAUAUUUUGUUUACUGGAAACAAUUAUUUUCUUGCCUGAGCAGACCUUUUAAAUAUAAGUUUACAUGGAAAUCAAGCUUUUACUAAAACUGUAUCUUAGUAAUUUAUUGUUCUGACUUACAGCUACAACUCUUUAUAUGAAGUGACUAAUUGUGCAUAUUUUAAGUGGAAUAUAACCUUCAUUUUUAGAUGUAGGAUUUUUUUUUUUUUUUGUAAACAGGGUUAUAAGAAUACUGGAGACUCACUUAGGAAACUGGUCAGGAGGUAUUGGUGGUCUUUUUUUCUUUACUGUAUUUAAAUACAAAUC